AUGAAUGAGCUUGGUUUUGUUGAAGAAAUCGACGAGAAUGGGGGCGCUUUGAUUAAGGAGGGGCGGUGCGAUUUAGCCGCUAUCCCUAUAAUACGAAACAAAAUUUUGAAAAUUGGUCGGAAUGAGAGACAGUGUGAUAUUGUAUUGAACAAGGCCUGUGUAUCGAGUAUCCACUGUACCUUUUGGGGCAUUAAAUUCGAUGAAGAUAGCAUUCCCAUGUGCUAUGUGAAAGAUUGUUCAUUAAAUGGUAUUUUGCUCAAUGAACAACCUUUGCAGCGUGAUCAGACGUGUUUGCUGGAGGACGGUGACAUUGUGACGAUUCCGGCGGUUUCGACGUUUCGAUUUUACGCGAAGUCGAAGCUCAUAACCAAGGAUCUUUUACAACAACUAGGAGUUCAGCAAAAUAUCGACAAAUGGACUAUAACUCCAAGAGUUAUAGGAAGCGGCACUUUCGGUCACGUAUUGGUUGCAGUGAAGACGAAGGAACAGUCAAAGACGAAAACAAGAUCAAAAACAACACGGCCUUUGGAUUACGCUACGAAAGUAAUUAAACUGAAACCCGACCGGGUCGACAAAGAGGCCCAAAUUUUGUUGCAACUGAGACAUCCCAAUAUUAUUAGAGUGCACAGCACUUUCCUUGGGCCAGAUCAAAAACUCUAUCUCAUCCAGGACUUGGUGCCAGGAGGAGACCUGUUCUCAUAUUUGGCCAAAGAAGACCGCCUUAUGCCGGUAUCUGAGACAGAAGCAUUAGUCAUCGUUUAUCAAAUCAUCAAGGCCCUCAUAUAUUUGCACUCGGAAGGAGUUGUGCACAGGGACUUGAAGCUGGACAAUAUUUUACUAUGUGUUCCUGAGCCCUGUACAAGAAUCGUGCUGGCAGAUUUCGGUAUUGCUCGAAACAUUUCCUCUUCGCGCUCGAGAAUGCAUACUGUUGUUGGAACGCCCGAAUACUGUGCACCAGAAGUAGGAUUUAGAGCCGACAGACUCAUUUACCGAGAAUUUACGCGUGUCGCAACAUUAGAGUAUCAGGGUUAUGAUGCAAAAUGCGACAUUUGGUCUCUAGGAGUCAUCACACACAUUAUUUUAACUGGUAUAUCACCAUUCUACAGCGACGGUUCCGAAGGUUCAAUUAUUCGAAAUGCAAAAAAUGGGCACCUGAACUUCGAAAUUGAACCGUGGCGCCAUGUAUCGGAUUCGGCUAAAGGAUUUGUCCGCAAACUUUUGCAAGUAAAUGCCUCCAAGCGGCCAAAUAGUAGUGCCGCGCUUCAGCAUUCGUGGCUACAAAAGCAUAAAGCGCAGCUGAGAAUUCUGUAUCAUCAGCGGAUUCUGCGUGACGUGAAACAUCCUUUCGAGGCCAAAGAACUCCAUGAGAAGAGAAGGGUGCCCAAAAAUUUUAAUCCGCAUCAACUGGAUUUAGAGGAAGCGAAAAAGUUGAGAACUAGUGCUACCUAA